CAGCCCUCCCUUUUUUCUCUCUCUCUCUCUGUGAAAUAAUUAUUAACGUACAGUAGCCUUCUGGUUGUGACCGUUUUUCACCAGUAGUCCAAAAGGUGAAGGACAUCGGGUUAUCCACUUCACCAUGCCACUUUCUCGUCUGUUCUUAUCUUCUUGGGAAACUCUGUGUUCAGUUGUCUAGAGCUUACGCAAAUAGCUUUAAAAGCGUAGCUUUCUUGUGUAUCCUAGUGUUUUCAUUAUUGUAGCGGUUAGUUGAGCCUGAACUCUGCAAUGGUAUACAGACCAUCUACCUCUGAAACUGACCUCCUGCCUCCUCAAUUUUCUGCCGCUUGUUACACUGUCUGCCAGUGAAGGAUGAUCCCAACUAACUGAAAUGCCUGGCAACUGUAACUAAGGGGCAGGCAUGGCUGGGCUUGGUCAUUGGUCGGAGCAACGGACUGGGGGCAGAGAGUCAGAGGGAAAGCCAUAUUGGGGGAGGGAGCUAGUUAAUAGAAAAUGGACUGAUAGAUUAGCCUAGUGAUUUCAGUUUAGGGAACUAUCCAAAUGUAGCUCUAAAAACAAGAGGAGAGACAUUAGAGGAGCGAAAGAGUAUUGUGGCUGGGUUGUGAAAGGACCUCAGGUGCAGCCCAAAUGGGAGGGGGUAGAGAGAGAGAGAGAGAGAUCGGGUGUAUCAGAGGGAGGGGUAGAGCACGGUUCAGAGGGAACGGGAGAGUGAGAGCGAGCAUGUGUGUGUGCGUGCAGGGUAAAGAUAGUGAGCGGGAGAACGAGAACGAGAGCGAAGGGAAAAGGAACUGUAAGCCAGUCACAGCAUCUCUUUCCCACUGCACCAGUUGGUGAGGGACAGCUCCUCUCUUCAAAAGGUUCCUAUUUAUUUAUUUUGUGCUUCACUCCAGGACUGCUUUGCUGAAUGAAAUUGUAUUUCUGCCUCUUCGGUUAUUCGUUUGGCGACAGCUUAGUUCGGCUGGGGGAAUGGAAAUAAGAGGAGACGCACACAGAGGACGGCAUUGAAACUGGAACUCUCUGUACCGGUGGAGUCGUUUCUCUUUUGCUGUGGCUUGGUUUUUGUAACAAGGAGCAGACGUACUGAGUGGAAGAAAGAGUCAAAAGUCCAGACAGCCGUGCCUCCCCUGAAACAAAAAAAAAAACGUAUUUGAAUGGAACGGCAUGUAUAAGUAAUAAUAUCAUUAAUGGAAACAAGCGCUUAAUAAGAGGCGAGGCUGACGUAAAGAGCUUUCACCCUAGGCUGUAAUCAAGCAGAAUGCAGAUUGAUCCCACAUCCAUCGCAGCCGGCGCCCUGAACAGAAUUUCUAAGGAGACACAGUCCGAGGAGCUCUGAGACACCCAGAUGUCUUCUAACGGCUCCAGUAUCUAUUGAUCCGAUUGUUUGAGACUCCUGACAACUCCUACAUUCUUUGCCUGAAAAAUCCUCUUUUACAACCAGCUUUUGCCUCUCAUAACCUGGAGGACGAAAGUUUCAGAAAAGUGCGUGGAUUGGGAUUCCCGAGACCAAAGCCAGAUUUGUGGCUACACACACACAUACACACAUAACAGGGUCCAGAUUAUUCUGCGCCUCCUUUGGCUUCUCUCUGAUUGGGGAACAUUGUAAACAUAAUUCCCCCAGCGCUCUGUGGAACGAGAGCUGUGACAUUAACCACCGCAGAGAGCCCUGUGUUUGUCUAGCGUGUCUGUGUUUUAUUCGGACAAUAGCGGGGCGUACAUGGUGUCCAGACACUGACCACGGGACCACUCACUACCCCAAAAUAAGAGGAUGUGCAUACUACAAGACUGAGAAACAGUUGCUGCUUGUCUAACAGCAUUUUGGAACUUUAGAGAGGACUUGAGGUAUGAACCAACACAAUGGCUAACGUGGAUGUAAUUACUCGUAUGAAUUUGGGGUUUUCCCAGCGGAUCUUUCUCUGUGACAGUAAACAAGCUAUCUGAAAGUCAAAAUUAUACCGACACGCUAAAUGUUUUAAUACUAUUUUCUCUUAUUUAUAGUCUCAAAAUAGGAGUCACAUGCUCCCUGUCUUAUUUAAUCUGCAGUAGGAUCUGCACCAGAGCGCCCUGCCUGCCUGCCUCAUGUUUCUCCCCCACAUGCCGACUACCCUGCACCUCCUGUGCUUUUUGCCCUUGUGAGGACAACACCUGCUCUCCGCCCCCAGUCUCCCAGUGGCAGCCCUCUUAUGAAUCAGGAGAUGUGGCCGCAGACUGUCAGGGAGAGCAAUGGGGAUCCCUGCCGCCGGGAUAAAUGCCUGGCAUAGCACCGGCAGACCUUUUUCUGUUUUUGGAGGAAAUAUAUAUAUUUUUUCGACAAUUAUCCCACUGCCUCUAAGCAUGACUGAUCGAAAAAGUAGAGCCGAGUCGGCAGUCCUGCUUUCCUAUGGCCUGUAUUGAUUUUCGUCAGUCAGUGUUCAUUUGAUUGAGACCCAGCUAUGUGAGAGCCGAGGUGAAGGAGCGAGCGAGAGAGGCUAGAACUCCCAUUUGCUGAGGGAGGCUACAGGCAGACAGGUCUCCAGUUACAGUCCAUCUGCAUCGUGGUUGGCACAGCACAAACCUGACCCACCUGGACCGCGCCCAGAACAAUGAACCAGUCAGCGUUGACGACAGACCUGGUUCCCACUGCCAACAGCAGCCUGGUGGGCCCAGACCCCAACCACUCCUGUCCCCUGGGCUGGGGCCAGAAUGAGGGUCUGGAGGCCUGUGUCUUGGAGACUGCGGUCAUCGUUCUGCUCACGGUGCUCAUCAUUGCCGGGAACCUGACGGUGAUCUUCGUGUUCCACUGCGCCCCCCUGCUGCACCACUAUACCACCAGCUACUUCAUCCAGACUAUGGCCUACGCCGACCUGCUGGUGGGCCUCAGCUGCCUGGUGCCCACCCUGUCCCUGCUGCACUACCCGGCCAGCGUCCAGGAGCCCAUCACCUGCCAGGUCUUCAGCUAUGUCAUCUCGGUGCUCAAGAGCGUCUCAAUGGCCUGUCUGGCCUGCAUCAGCGUGGAUCGCUACCUGGCCAUCACCAAACCCCUGUCCUACAACCAGCUGGUGACGCCGUGCCGGCUCCGCGGUUGCAUUGCCCUCAUCUGGGUCUACUCCAGCCUGGUCUUUCUGCCCUCUUUCUUUGGCUGGGGAAAGCCGGGUUACCACGGGGACAUCUUUGAGUGGUGCGCCCACUCCUGGCCCACCUCGGCGCUCUUCACAGGCUUUGUGGUAUGCCUACUGUACGCGCCCGCGGCCCUGGUAGUCUGCUUCACCUACUUCCACAUCUUCCGCAUCUGCCAGCAGCACAACCGGGAGAUCAGUGAGAGGCGGGCACGCUUCCCCAGCCAGGAGAUGGAGGCUGGGGAGGGUGGUGGCAGUGGCAGCGGCGGGGGGAACCACGCAGGUCAAGGGCCUGACAGGCGCUACGCCAUGGUGCUAUUCCGCAUCACCAGCGUCUUCUACAUGCUUUGGCUGCCCUACAUAAUCUAUUUCCUGUUGGAGAGCUCCCACGUGCUGGACAGUCCCGCCCUGUCCUUUGUAACAACCUGGUUGGCCAUCAGCAACAGCUUCUGCAACUGCGUCAUCUACAGCCUGUCCAACAGUGUGUUCCGCCUGGGCAUGCGCCGCCUCUCGCAGACACUCUGUUCCUUCAGCCACUGUGCUGCCGACGACAGGGACUUUGGCGAACCCAAACCAAGGAAGAGGCCAAAGUCCUGCUCCAUCUGAGGCGUUGGAGGCUAUUGUUAGAAAAGCAGUGAAUUUCAAAGGUUACAUCUUUACAAAGCUGCUGAACAUUUAUUUGACAGGGCUGUCCCAAAGAGAGAGAAUUUAGGCUCUGACGGUUUGUUUUGAAGGAUACCAAUGACUUUUGCCACAGUCAUGCCAAGCCAUGAUUUACAGGCAAACGUUAGUUUGCUGAGGGAGGCUAGUAAAUGGAUGAGAGAUUGGUACUACAUUUUGGCUUUAAACCUGUGUAGUGGAGUUUAGCUGGUAACCUACUGUAUGUGCAUCCUUAUGUAAAACCUAAUUUGACCAUGGUUCUCAGGCUUUAAUGUUACAUUUUUUUGUUCCUCCACAGUCGGGUAAAGUGCUUGUAAAAAUACAAAGUUAGAGGUCCUCAAAAUGGAUAAACACUUUCCUCAAACAUUGAUGGUGACCUCAUGAUUUAAGCAUCUCUGAUUUCAAGGUAAUGUGGACUAAAGUGUAUUGAAUUGAAAUACCAAUAUUGGACUGCUACUAUAGGUCUGUGUUCUUGGUGGGCACUCAAAGGCCGAAUUAGCAUAGACAACAUCAACAUGUAAUCUGCAUUUGCAUACACUCCCUUUUAGGAGUUGACAUAGGGUGUGUGUGUAGCAAAUGGCUGACUAUUCACUUACUGUACAUGUUUCUUGACAAUGGUGUAAAUAACAGCAGAUGGGCUAGUGGCCUUGACCUGUUAUGACAAACAAAAGUUUUGUGGUGUUUGCAGAAGGUCUGUUAGCAAGCAGUCCGAGUGUUCAAAGACUUUCGGUCAGUCCUAAACAGAGAAAUGGGGCACUCAAUUUGACGAGUUACUCAAUCUCCUAAAAUAAAAAACACGCACACACUGAUGAUUUAGUUUUAUUAGAUAUUUCUAUAUUUAUGUGUACUAUUUUUUUAUUUUAUUUUUUAUCUUUGUCAAUGCUUCCUAUACAGUAGCUGUUUAGGAUGCAGAACGAGGGAUUGGUUCUGUCUACUAGUGCAUACAUCUCUCUCUUAAUCCUUGGUUGAGUUCCGAAAAAUCUGCUUCACUCUACUUAAGGAUCAGCGUCAUAUGUAUGACUCUGUUCCCUCUGCUUUUCCACGCUAAGUGCAGAGACUGUUCCCUUUUUAGGGCCUUAUUGUACAAAAUACAGUGGGCAUGUGCAGUAAAUGCACCAUGAAGACUGCCUUUCAUUAUGUAUUAUACUGUUUGAUACAGCGCAGGUGAAGUCAUUCCAAGUUUUUCUUGUACAUUCCCAGAAUGCUCCGUUUUUAUAGAUAAUGUAGAAAAAUACAUGAAGUGCAUAUUUUCAGUGAUACCCAAGACUAUUGUGAAAUCCCUCUCUAUUCUUAUGGUGUAGGCCAUCUGAAGUUAGACCUGUGUUGUCAGUGUAUAUUUGACCGUGUGAAAAACCAGCAACACAGCUAACCGAACUGUCGAUAUCAUGACUGUUUUUGUUCAACAUUAUGCUACUUAUUAACCUGUGUAGUCAUUCCCCGCUUUCCAUUACAGAUUGUUCUGUAUAUGUGCCUAAAGAUAUAUUUUUGGGGAAAGAUAUCAGAGAUUUACUUUCUGUUCAUCUAUACAGUUACAAGGACAUAGUCCUGGCUGCAUGCCAUUGCGUUUUGUAACGUGACCUUCAUUUGACUUGACUUGAGAUCCAUCAUGCUUACAUUUGCCGAUACAGUUGGACCAUCUCGUUUCAGCACCUUUCAUGAGCUUAUGAUGAGGUCAGAAGCUUUUCUAUUUGUAGCGUGAUUCAUUAUCAUUUUAGGGGGCAUAUAUAAUAAUGAAUUCUGCCACAAAAUACUUCAAAAACGUACCCAAUGGUUGCUCGAUGUCUAUGAGAUGACAUCUUCACAUUACUGUAUUUUAUUUAUUUUAUCUUGUGUGAGGUGCAUUUUUUUUAUUUCUUAUCAAAUGGACCAUAUACAGUGGGGUCUGAAAUUAUUGCCACCCUUGAUAAAGAUGAGCAAAAAUGACUAUAAAAUUAAUAAUUCAAAUACUGAGCAAUAUUGGAUGCUCAACAAAAAUGCGGAAAAUAUAUUAUUUUAUAAGACUGAGAUGUCCAUUACAAAAGUUGAUUUAGUGGCAAAUUAUUUAUUUAUGGGGAUUUUGAUGUGUGCUUGGGGUUAUUGUGUUGCUCGAAGAUCUACUUGCGGCCAAGUUUCAGCCUCCUGACAGAGGCAAUUAGGUUUUUUGCCAAAAUGUCAUGGUGCCGGGUGAUGUUCAUGAUGAUGUUGACCUUAACAAGGGCCCCAGGACCAGUGAAAGCAAAAUAGACCCAUAACAUCAAAGAUCCACCACCAUAUUUUACAGUAGGUAGUGCUGAGUGAUUUAGUGCUUUUUGAGGUCGGUUGUGUUUCAAUUAUUUAAAAAAGUCAUCACAGUUUUCAAAUAUUUUUUUUUGACAAAUGCACAAUGCAUUGUGGGUUGAAUGCUGUAACAAAACAGAAUAAAACAAAAGUCCCAUGAUGGUAGUGACUGCCCGUUACUGCUUAUCACUUAUUAACCAUUUUAUUCAAAUUACUUUAAUAAAAUAUUUCAGUUGUUGUGUAUAUUACAUUUGUUUUAUUUGUUGACUUUAUUAUUUCAUUCCAAGUCAUCAUCUCAUCUCUAGAGCUGCUGCCUGACAAAUCACUAUUUUAAUUGUAAUUCAAAUUAAACAAGGCAUACUUUUUAUGACUGCUGAAUACCAACUAUCAAUCACUUAGAUCGUGUAUUUUCAGGGAGAUACAUGCAUCUUUCCCUCUUGAUCGCACGUUCUGUGUUCACCCCAUCUCCGUGUCUGCUCCACAUAGACCGGACAAGUAGGCACGCACGAAAUUGAUUAUGGCCAUUGUAGUUAAUUACCACGUUUAAACUAUGUAGAAUAUUUGCCUGUUUGAAACUACAAAUCCAUACUACAUCGUAGACUUCGGUCUUAAUCUGAUUUACCUCUAAAGCAACUGUACAUUGCGCUCACAGAAAAAAAACGGAACAAAAUGGAAUUCAAAUAAUUGAACAGACGUUGGUCAAUUAGUUGUUUAGAAAAUGAAAUAUAAUCAACAUUUUGGUUAAUCGCGCAGCAUAUUAGUUAUAGGGUUCUUUUCUGCUUAUGCAUUCUCAUUUCGACACCAAACCCACCACUGGUGUGCGAGGUCAAAGAGCGAUAUUUAUCUGACCAAAGCACUGGUUCCAAUCCAACUGCCAAUGCCAUUUAGCAAACGUUUUAGCAGGCGUUUUACAUUUGUUGGAUGACAUGAAAAUAGAGCUCUUUGGCCACGCUCACCAGUGGUGGGUUUGGCGUCUAAAUGAGAAUGCAUAAGCAGAAAAUAACUCCAUACCUACUGUAAAAUAUGGGGGUGGAUCUUUGAUGUUAUUGGGCUGUUUUGCUUCCAGUGGUCCUGGGGCCCUUGUUAAGGUCAACGACAGGAUCCAGAAAUUUGACCGCAAAUGGAUCUUCCAGCAAGACAAUAACCACAGGCACACAUCAAAAUCCACAAAGAAAUGUUUAAUUGGCCUCAAAAUCAACAUUUUGCAAUGGCCAUUUGUGUCUCCAUACUUGAACCCCAUUGAAAACCUUUUUUUGUUUGAAUUGAAGAUGGCAGUCAAUAAGUGCAGGCAAAGGAUAUCAAGGAUCUGGAAAGAUGGUGUGUGGAGGAAUGGGUUAAGAUCCCCAUCUAAUUUCCCCAUUUACAUUUUUAUUUAUUUAUACAAUGUACAGUAGCUCAGUCAUUUUGCUCUUUAUCAAAGGUGUCAAUCAUUUCACACCCCACUAUAUGAACACACUGAUACAGUAUGAAUACAACUGCAUUAUCAAAACUUAAUCAACUACCCCCCCCAUUAUUAGAUAUUUGAAUCACUUAACCCAUAAGAGUUUGAGCCCUGUGUCUAAGCCAAGGGAGGGGGUUCUACUAAGCUAUAUGUAAUUGCUUUAAGGUCAUACCAAGGAUCAUUUUGUUACUUGAUUUUGAAUUUUAAGACCCCUUGAAGUAGCAAAACAAAUAUUUACAAAUUAUUUGAUGAAAAUGGGUUCUUGGCCUCACUGCUGUUACCCCAUACAAACGCAUUGAAUAACCGAUUACAAGGACGUAACAACUACAUGGAACGACAGAUACUCCCCCAAGAAAAUCUUAUGGAAGUUUGUUCUGAAGUGUCUGUCCUAUAUCUGAGAUUAUAUACAUAUAUAUAUACUUAAAAAAAAAAAAAUAUUUAACUAGGCAAGUCAGUUAAGAACAAAUUCUUAUUUACAAUGAAGGCCUAGGAACAGUGGGUUAACUGCCUUGUUCAGGGGCAGAAUGACAGAUUUUUACCUUGUCAGCUCGAGGAUUCGAUCUAGCAACCGUUCGGUUACUGGCACAACGCUCUAACCACUAGGCUACCCGCUACCCCAAAAUAUAUAAGAAAGAUCAGAAUGUAUUUAACCCCUUAUUUCUGUCACUAAACAGUCUCCAUAUAUACUUCCAUUUAAAAAUAAAUCUGCGGUACCGGGUGACUUUCAGACAAGUCUUGUGAGGCCUAGAGCAAAACCGACACGUAAGUGUUCGUGAGAGACCUUUCCACAGUUGUAGCCCAAACUGUUCGGAUGCUACAGACAGAAGUUGGCAGGUUGGCUGUACCGACUUCAGACGAGUCCUAAGAUGCUUGUGGGGGUCGUAAAUGGAGAACACCAUUAUAUUCAUGAGACUCUUAUUUCCAAAGAGGGGUCAUAAUAGUUGUUAGGCCAAACCGUUUUGUGAGAAGACUGAUUUUCGGUCUGAUGGUCUGACAAAAACCGCUCUAGCUCUGUCACCUUUCACCGCAGAUGUGGAAGUGCAACGUAGGCGGUUGCGGUGGAUUGAGAUACAAAAAAUAUAUGAUGGAUUUUUAUGGGGAUUUUUGUAUUAUACUAAUUAGAUUUACGUGGGGGUGCGAACUUAAGGGGUUAAGAAAUCUACUGUCAUAGAGCUGGGACGAUAAACAGAAAAUCACCUACAUUGCCUUCCUCUUACCGAAGCAUUUUGCUUACGUUGGUAAUUUUCGGUGAUUUUUGCCACACAACGUUCCUGUAGAUUGUUGUUAAACCAUUUCCCCCCCAACAGUAAUAGCCUAUGCAUUAUGUUGAUUCCUGCAAUGAAAGUACAGUAUCUAGUUAUCCCGGUUUUGCUGCCGGCUGCUCUCGUUCCCUCUUGGCGCUGUGUGCACGGAGGAGGCAGAGAUGCAUUCUGAGAAGCACAAUCAUUAUGACCGUUGCUCAAAGUGCUGUUCUAGUUACAGAGAGGAGAGUUGCAGCUUUCUGUGAGUGUAUAUCAUUUAUUUCUCACCAAAUAUCGAGUUCACGGCAUCACUUUACAACCGGAGUGGGGUGUAACGUUAGUUAAUAUGAUUUGGACGCACCCGGGUAGCAGAGCCGAGCAAAGCAUGCCAUUUACAGCGCAUAGGCCUACGUCAAUUAGCCUAGGCCUAGCACUGGAACGUGGGACAUUGGGACAUUAGGACACUAGGACAUUAGCCUACAUUUACUGAUAGCCAUGUAGGCUAAUUGAUUAAUCUAUCUAGCAACAAUAUCAUAGUUAGAGUUAGCAAUCUAACUAGGUGUUUUGAGUCAAAACAAAAAAUCUCAUUGUGGAUCCUAUUUUGACAGGUUGAACAUCAAAAUAUCAAUCAUGCAAGUCAUGGAUAUGUUAGAUGACGUCCCGUACCUUUUGAAUCAUAGGCUAUCAUCUCAGUUAUCUUACCUGGCCUGCUGCUAAUGUAAAGUAACUGGCCAUUGGGAAAAAACGAUAUUGUUGUAUUUGUUAUUGAGCAAAAUAGUUACAUUUAUCACAAUUACUUUUCGUCCAUAUCGCCCAGCUGUAGUACCUCCCCCAAAAAUAAUUUAGCGUAAUUUAUCGCUGAUUUUAUUGUUAUUGCAAAUGUUUAUAUAUAUAUUUAUCGUGAUUAUGGAUGUUUUUCCAUAUCGCCCAGCUCUACAUCAUGCUAUUUAAGGAAUUAACACCCAAAUUGUUAUUUUAAUUGACUUGGAUUCUCUAGAAUUUCCCCCAGAUGACUUUGUCUUCACAAUAAAGCAAAUCACUUGUGGUCAAGAGAAUACAACAAACAUUGUGAGAUCUUUUGUGAUAUAUGGUGAAUCAAUAUUGUUGACAAGCUAAAUUCUAUCUAGCUAUUGCUUUACAGUAAAUCUUGUACUGAUGGUUUCAUGAGAGUUAAUUGAUUCCACACCACAGUAACACUAGUGGAAUGUAGUUUCAUUCUAACAAGCAAGUUAUUGUACUUAUUGAUAAUGUACCACUUUAACUCAACUUUUUGUAUUUAGAAAAACAGUUUGUGGUUACUGUUAUACAAUUAUAUUGACACGGCAAAUCAGUGUUUCCCAAUUAAUUUAGUUUUCAUGAAGUGUUACCCAAUUAAUUCAGUUUCUUCUCUGCCAGUAGUUUUUUAUACCCAUGAGCCACUGAAUAGACUAUUCACCUUUCCAUGUGUAUUGUAAUGACCAAACUAGUUUUGAAUUUCUUUCUGAUGUGAAGGAAAUACAAAAAAAACUGUCAAAAACAACUGAUUUAAAGUGCAUUCAUUAGGGUGUUGUAUCUUAAAGAUUUGAUUAAUACAGUACAAAGUCUAUUUAUUUUAUUAUUUCAAAAUGGAUACGCUACUUGUUAAAUAGGAGUAUGUAUAGUGUGUCUGUCGGUUUUACCCUGCUGUACAUAUGUGUUCAGGCAACAACAAAAAAAACACAAAACAAAUCUUAUGACAAAAUCUCGACCAGUGAUGACUCAUACCUUUGUGUUAAUUCAACUAGGCUGCUGUAGCUAUAUGAAGUAAGAUGUUUUUGAUUAGAAGACAAAUCGAGAAAUUACACAGUAUCUAUUUUUUUAUUUCUGAGAUUUUGUCAAAGGCUGUGGUUUUGCUGUUGAUGCCAAUCCAAUAAAACUGAAAAAGAAUGGGAUAAAUAAAAUCCAGAAAUGUUGCCUCUUUGAA